AUGGAAAAAAGGAGCAAACGAACAGGAGGCACACCUGAUGGCGGCGCAACAAACAAUCGCUCCCUGAAAUCCGGCAACAGUCUCAUAGACUGGAUACGGCUGGGUAAUUCGGGAGUCGACCUGACGGGAGUCAGCGGUCGGCCGCGACUAGUUUCUCCGGCUGAACUCAAAAAGCACAACACAAAAAGUUCCGAGUAUGUACGAUCGUACACCCCUUUGACCUGGGACUGCGAUCCACGAAUGGAUCACGCCACGCAACUGCAACUUGCUGUGAAGCGGUAUGAUAAUGGUAUACUGUCACCGGUACUCAGUUCUUUAAGCACUGGAGACGUCCUUAAAGUAUCAGGCCCAUAUGGGAACUUCCAAUUACAUAAGCUAAAAACGAUCAAAACCAUCUACCUACUAGCGGCUGGAACCGGUAUUACUCCAAUGCUCGGAUUAAUUAAAUUUCUACUCGCAAAAUCGAAUCCUGCAUGUGAAUCUAUUUAUUUACUCUUCUUCAACAAAACGGAAAAGGAUAUUAUGUUUCAAGAAUUAUUGGAAUCUUUGGCAAAUACGGAUAAUAGAUUCUACGUUGUCCACAUUCUAUCCAACGCCAGUUCUGUGUGGACGGGUCGAAAAGGACGGAUCAACGCUACACUCCUGUCGGAAAUAAUGGACGAAGGCGACAUGUUCGGCAAUGAAGACUCGCGUUUCGCUGUCAUCUGUGGACCAAAGGAAUUCACAUUCGCCUCUCUGAACGUACUACGAUGUCUCGGAAUGGAGGAAUGCUUCAUACAUGUGUUUGUUGGU